GCCGGCGAUGCGGGACCGGCGAUAGUUUGAAAACAACGCGAUACAAAAUGUACAAGCACGCAAUCAUCUCACUAGCGAUCCUUAGUUUCGCGGUAUGCGAAGAAAGGUCACACAAACAUGCACCUGUAGACCCCUUCGCGAUGAUCGACAAACAUAUCAGUCUUUCGCUCGCAUACCCCUACCUCUGGCCAUGGAGUCAACUGAUCAGAGCCGCCACCGCGCUGGACAUGGAGGAAAGCAUGGAAGACCCGCAAAUAAUAUCGGACUCAGAAAAGUACCAGAUCAAUUUAUUCGUCAGACGUUUCAAGCCAGAAGAAUUGAAAAUCAAAGUUAAGAACCGGUACAUAAUAGUGGAAGGAAAGCACAAAGUCAAAGAGAACGACAGCAAAUUCAUGGCGAACCACUUUGUCCAGCGUUUCGUCCUACCACCCGGUACGAAACAGGAGGAGGUCACUGCUGUAUUAAAUGAGAAAGGCGUUCUAUCAAUAAUGGCACCAAAACACGAAGUUCCUCCACCACCACCAGAGCGAGAAGUUCCAAUAGAAGUCAGACUACCAGAAGAGAAGACAGAAGUGCCAGAAGAGAAUAAGAAAGAAAGCGUAAAAGAAAACGCUCCUCCAGUCGUGCAAACAUCAAAGACGCCAUUAGAACAGAUCGACAUCGAAGCGACGACGCACGUCGGGAAAAUAAGGAAGAAAGAAUUGAAGACGACAACUAAAACGACAAAAGAUAACGAGGUCACCAAAGGAAUUGACGGUAAUGGUUUAGAUUACGCUCUGAUCGAGACCGAGGAGUGAAUGACAAUGGGUACGAAUGGAAAAGACUGAAUUUAAGCUUUAAUGUGCGUGGGAAGUUGUUCGACAGCUGUGUUUCGUUUAUAAGAGUUGUUUGUUUAUCAAAUAAAGAUGUUAUUUAUUACGA